UUGAACAAAAGAAAGAGUCUUUGACCUCGCCCCUGCUGUUCGAUCUUCAUAUGGAAUCUGAAGGCACCACCACUUCAUCUGUACUUAAGACAGGAGCAGAGAUCAGAGAAGAUAAGUCAUGUGGCCCUAAGAAGUCAAAAACGUAGCUAUCAUAAUUCUGCUGAACAUUUUAAAGCGCUGUGUUUGCCUCAGACUAUCUGAUACUGUGAGAAACUAAAACUUGCCCAGCAUAGUGGCUUCCACCUUCCAUCUCAGCUCUAGGGAGGCAGUGAUUCGUGCUGAAGGGCUCUGAUAUCCUCCCGAACAAAGCCCGCUCUUCCCCUAUUUAUUGAACAGCAAAGUACGGUAUUGGAAAGGGAUGAGGAAUUUCUGUCUUAACAGUUUUAUACAGCAGUCGCUUCAUUAAGGACGAUACCGGUUUUCUGACAAUUUGGGCUCAGUAGCACACAAGGACACAAGCAGAUAUCAUCACACAUUACCAGUCUGUACCCACAUGUUGCGUUUAGCAUUUGGGGAGGUUGAAGCAUUGAUUUCAAUAUUCUGUUGCUUCAACAAACGGUCUUGGGUCCUUCCAGCACAUCUUACACACACACCUUGCUUGGGAGUCAGGGCCAUGAAUGGGCAAUGGAAGAGAAACGGGGACCAUGAUACUCUGUGGAGCCAAAGCACAGUAAGUCUGAGUGCAAUGCUUUUGGUUUUGCUUUUUUAAAGGUCAGUUUAUUUCCAACAGGUUGAGUAUAGCAUAAAUGAAUGCAUUGUUAUAAAUGGUCUCAAAACAUAAAUUAACUUGGUUAUGGUUUGAGAGUUUGGUCUGUAAGGCAAACUUCAAAACGCAUUUCUUAGCAAAACCAUCCCCACAGUAGGAUAUGAGGGGUUGGUGGUCUAAUUUUCAAUCUGAAGUUGAAGGUCUGAGAACCUGGGGGAAGGUGGGAGCACUUGGAGUCUUGGAACGGAAGGGUCAAGGGACCUAGAACUCUGGUACCCAAGAACAGCCAGAGAUGAGUGCAUCAUUUGUGGAGGAGGGAGAGUUGAUUUGUUCUAUUUAUAAUCCCAGAGGAUUUAAUGGCACUUGACUAUACUGCGAACAGAUCCUUUUCAGUCCACCAACUCUUGUACCUACCUAGUCUAGAAACACCCUCACAGACCUACCUAGAGAGAAUUAUCUACCAGUUCUUUAGGUAAUCUUGGAUUCAGUCAAAGUGGCACCUAAAAAAACACUUAGCCACCAUACUAUUAACCAGGGUUGUUUGGGUCAAAAUUCAGGUUCUCCUAACCCUAGCAAGCUAGGCUCAGCCACUCAUCCUCAGUACACCAUAAAGAAAUGACAUCAGGAGGCAGAGAAAGCAGGGUUGUUCACUGUGGCCACAUUGAAUAAAUUGGGAAAUAAGUAAAUAGGUCCAGGGGCAUGUAGUCCUCACACACACACACACGCACGCACACACACUCACACACACACACUCACACACGCACACACACUUUCAGAGUCCUGACAUAGAAUUUAAAUUUAAAUAGAGGGCAAGGGGCCUGCCUAGCUAAGCACCAUGGUCCUGCCUAUCCUCACUGCUUCUUCCCCAGUGUGCUCCUAGCGGUGACAACCUGUAGGCACUGUGCUGAGUCUCUUUCUAAGAAACCAGCUCGUCCUCUGGCUGGUGCAAGGCUUCAGUCCUCUCCUUUGCUCAGCAUGGGACUUUUUGAGACAUUUCAAUUAUUCAGAGUCCACCAUUUCAAAGAGUCUGGUACAAGUUUCCAUCCUUAGAACAUCUGUGCUCCUCUUGGGACAGUUGCAAUACCUAGAAUAGAGAGCUCGGAGUGAAAUUCUCUACGUAACACACAGGUGCUGUCAUCCUGUCUGAUGUAUGAGCUGUCCCUGAGUCCGUAUGUCCUCACUUCCAUUCAGAUCUGCCCCCCAAAUCUCAUGGAACCAAGUUCUGAUGUGUGUCCUGGUCAGCUUGUGAAUACUGGCACCCCGCAUGCCCUCAUUCCUGCCCUGGAAGUAGAUCUGUCCAGUCCCCUCUACUUGGAAUUCCCUCUCCAGCACGUAUCUUUCAAAUGUACGCCUGAACACGGAAGUGACUUUAAAGAGUCAGAUUCAUCUGCUCUUGCAACAGAUGCAAACUACGAAGAAAGAUCAAAAGAAGAAAAUCUAAAACUGAGCCCCAGAUCUCUUUGUUUCCUUAAGGAUAAAACUGAGGCAGAAUAUGCAAUGCCCUGGAAUGUUCUACAGUCUGAGCCGAGGAACCAGUGUAAAAGAUCAUCAGAGUCUUCAAUCCUGUGUCCUACAUGUGCCAACCAAUCCAAUGCUAAUAAAAAUGGAAACAGAGCAAAGAAGUCCAUGUAUUCUAGAGACCGCUCAGCAGAUUCUAUUAAAGAAGGGAGAAUGGAUCAUCCCCUGGUGAACGACUUCAUUGCAAAAGAAAAUGAGUCAGUCAGAGAUAACCAAGCAAGAUCACCUUGUCCAGUAAAGGAGAACAUCUUACUCCCCUUGCACUUUGAGGAUGUAUUGAAAAAUCCCACCAUCAAGAUAAUUGACCUUGGUCCAACAGAGACCGUGCAUUAUUCCACGGACACUGAGACAGUGCCAACUAUAAAGGACCGACCAGGCACCAAACCCAUUCCAUCUUCGAGUCUGGACUUCGUGCCCUUCAAAGCUAAAGAAAGUCACACAAAUCCGAUAAUUUUCCAUGACAAAGUAUAUAUAAUGAAGCUGUUCCUGACAAAAAGGUUCACUCCCUAUGUUAUGACGUAUACAACAAAGAAUGUUGUUCUAGAAAAAAACUGUGAAAUGUUUAAAGUUUUGUUUGAUGAUACUGUCUCUAAGCCUCAAAGAACUAAGGCUGUAGCACAUUACAAAGAUCUGCACAUCUUCUCUACCGAACGGGUGCACACGAGUAUAAAGGAGAAACGAAAGAAGCAGCAUGACAGUCUGGCUUCCAAAAAGAGAUCUCUGGACACACUUUAUAAUUUAUCCCAAACCUUUUCUAUCUUAACCCAGAAAAUUGUGGGUUCCUUUGAUAAAGUUGCUUCCAAAGAAAAGAGCGUUAAGACAGGUAGAUUUCAAAGACAGUUUUCCAAAGUAAAACCACCACGCACACGCAAAUUCACUACCUUACCUAUGAAGUAUGACUUGAAGCCUCUGAAGAAUAUACUUGAAAUACGUAAACUAAACAACAUAAGCCCACUAGACGACCUGCUAAGCUGGAAAGUCAAUGGCUCACGAAGAAUCGUUUAUGCUGCAAUAUUUAAAAACAAGAACCAAGUUCCAAGAUCACAGAAAUUCUUAACUGAUUAUUAGUGUUCUGGUGGAUGAAGUACACAAAUCGGCAGUGGUCUGUUUAGGAUCAGUCAACAUCGUUAGCUAACAUAAGGAUGGAAUUAGAGAAUUAGCAACAAGAGAGAUUCAUUUAUGGCUUAGUUUUGGUUGUCAGCCUAGCUUUUAAGGGUUGAGCCAUUUCUCGCUCAUGGAUUAUCUCAAUUAUAGUUAUCAGACAUCCCUGUUGGCUACAGAACAUUCUCAUUCGGUACCAGCUACGGCGUGGAUUGAUGAAAAAGUUCAAAAACAUCAACAAACAAGUGAUUGAUUGUCAAGACAGAUGUAACAUUAAUUAAUUAAUUAAUGCUGAAUAUGUUGUCAAUAGUAGGUCAUCAUCUUAAGAGACUCAUGGGGAAACAGUGCCACAUAAGGAGUGUAUGUGAUUAAAAAGAUUUCAUAAAACCCGUUA